CUUUCCUACUCUCUCUCGCUCGCUCGCCUCCGCCUUGCUCUGAUCGUCCUCUCCACCGUCGAGUACUUCCCUUCUCCGGGCCUUACGUUGCACACCAGAUGUCUCUUGAUCUCUGCAAGAAGAAUCCAUCUUUUCUUUGGUGCGACUGUGGUUAUAUGAGCAGGGGGAAGUUGUGGUGCUUUCAAAUCAUCUUGUUUAGGCACUGGACUUAGUCUUACUCUCUUCUUCUUCUUCUUCUUCUCUUUUCUUCCUACCUUCUCUGCAACUUUCUGUUUGAUUUGAUUACAAAGUAUUCGCUUUUACUGGUCCUGUUACUGUGAACUUGAAUUUUUUUCUGCGCAAAACUCUCUCCUUGCUUGAGGAGUUUACUGCGGAGAGUGAAAGUUUUCCCCUUUGGAUCUGUGCCAAUGGGGAAAACUCAAUUGGCUCCUGGGUUCCGGUUUCAUCCGACUGACGUUGAACUCGUGAGAUAUUACUUGAAGAGGAAAGUGUUGGGGAAAAAGCUACUCGUUGAUGCAAUCGUUGAACUUGACAUUUACAAGUUCGAACCUUCUGAUUUACCUGAUAAGUCCUAUAUAAAGAGUGGGGAUCUUAAGUGGCACUUCUUCUGCCCAAGGGAAAAGAAGUAUGCAACUGGGGUUAGAGCAAACCGUGCAACUGAGUGUGGUUACUGGAAGACCACAGGGAAGGAUAGAGCGGUUCUGUGCAAUGAUGAAGUUGUGGGAAAGAUCAAGACUUUGGUUUACCACGUUGGCAAGUCACCUCGUGGGGAGAGAACUGAUUGGGUUAUGCAUGAGUACAGACUUGAAGACAAGGUACUUGCACAGAAGAAUAUUCCUCAGGAUACUUAUGUGCUGUGUGUUCUAUUCAAGAAAGAUGGUCCUGGACCUAGAAAUGGAGCUCAGUAUGGUGCUCCAUUUAACGAAGAGGACUGGAGUGAUCAGGAACAGCAUCUGAAUGAUGCAGCUCACACUCCUCUGUCUGCUACUCCACUUCUUGAUUCCAAUAGUACCGCCUCUCUGGGGCCGACCCUCCAAGCUCCAACCAACAACUAUGAUGACAUAUAUUCAAUGUUGGAUCGCUUUGUCGACGAGGAUGAGUGCUUGCCUUUCUGUGAGCCCAACAACAAUGAGGUAAUACAUGAUACCUGUGUUCCAGCUCCGGUUUUCUUAGAAGAAGGAGAAGACAUGUUCAGCGAACUACUAGACUUGAGCAUUAUCCAUGACAACAGCAUGCCAAGGACACCUUCUAACGACCUAAUUGAAAACUCGGAGCUAUACUUGGAGCUACAAGAUCUCACAGCUCCAUUAGCACCACCUCCAGCUGGGAAUGGUGGUGACUCUUAUCUUAGCUAUCAAGGCCACUUCGAUUUGUCCACUGCUAAUGAUGACGAUCCUUUUGGCUUUUCUGCGUUCAUGUGACACACGGACCAGACACAUGAACAAGAGGGUCUAAAACCAAAAGAAUCCUCUUCUGCCAAGCUCGGUCCUCGUCCAUGUCUUCUCAACUCAACAGAAGCAUUUCAGACGGAGCAUGACCCGUGACAUCAUUCCUUUUAUGUUGCAACAUCAUCAAACAGACUAUAUGAUCGCGUGAUUUCAUCUCUUAUUAGCAUUCUCAAUUUCUGUUUCCUUGUCGUUUGGACCAGUUUGUAAACAUUCUUAACUUUUCUCAGAAUAUACAACUCGAUCUAUCAUUUAUAUC